AUGCAUCACCACAAGAAGCUGAUCCAUGGUGGUAACACCGUAACUCUCGCGGUUCUGAGAGACGAAUUCUGGCCGUUACAUGGUCGCAGAGCUAUAAGGAGCGUCCUCCGAAGCUGUUUCAAUUGCCAUAGAGCAAACCCCCGCCCGAUAGAACAACCUGUUGGCCAACUACCCUCCAGCCAUGUCACGGUUAACGAAGCUUUCUAUUGUACUGGAGUGGAUUAUUGUGGGCCUCUUUACCUGAAACCCGCCCACAGACGAGCAGCAUCACAGAAGGUUUACAUCUGUGUAUUUGUGUGCUUUAGCACCAAGGCGGUCCACCUCGAGCUGGCAGGCGAUUUGAGCACCAACACGUUCCUGAUGGCUCUGGAUCGAUUUAUGUAUCGGAGGAACAAACCGCACCAUAUCUAUUCCGAUAAUGGUACAAAUUUUAUCGGAGCAAAGAAUGCUCUUCAUCAGCUGUAUUCCAGACUUCAGUCAGAACCUGAAAAUGAGAAAAUCACCAAAUAUUUAGCUCAAGACGGAAUACAGUGA